GUCCGAGGUAGCGCCAACCUGUCAUUUAUUUUAACAGCAACUUGCACACUUGCACCGGUUGAGUUUCUCUAUCUGUCACACAGAAGGUAACCGAAGAUAUUGCUCAUUGUCAGUCCUCGCGCUGGAGCUGAACAGCCUUUGCUGUUGAGCGCUCGUCAGGGGAGCGGACCUGCAUCCUAAAGCAAACCUUUCUGAGACAUUGCAGUCCUGUCACGACUCCGGCUCUCCUAUUUGUCUCAACCACGAGAGCGGAGAGAAGAAGAGGAAGAAGUGUCUCAACGGUGGUAACAUGGCAAGACCUAGCAUCAUUUAAAGUGGUCCAUCUUCUGCUCUUUUAAUUCCACUGCAGCAACCUGAAAACGUGAAUGGUGACUGAGGCUGUCAUUCUGCCAAACAUCUCCUUUUGUGUUUCAUGGAAGAAAGAAAGUCAUAUGGGUUUGUAACAUAAAGAUUAACGUAAAAGUGCAGUGAAGGACCUCUUGAGGCUAUGCACUUGCGUGCUUUUGGUAAAAGCAUGUUGUGGGUUACACUGCUAAGCACAAUUGCACUUGGAUGGACGACUCCUAUCCCUCUUCUUGAUGACUCAGAGGAAAUAGAUGAGCCUUGCUUUGAGCCCUGCUACUGCGAGGUGAAAGAAGGCCUGUUUCAUGUUCAUUGUGACAGCAAAGGAUUUACAAACAUUAGCCAAGUCUCACAGACAUGGCUUAGACCAUUCAAGCUCUACCUGCAGAAAAACACUUUAAGGAAGCUCUACUUCAACAGCUUUCUGCACUUGAACAAUGCGAUUGCCAUUAAUCUGGGCAAUAAUGCCUUGCAGGACAUCCAUGUUGGGGCUUUCAAUGGUUUGGGCUCUCUGAAAAGAUUGUACCUUCAUGAAAACAAGCUGGAAGUGUUUCGGAAUGACACAUUUCUUGGACUGGAGAGUUUAGAGUAUCUUCAGGCUGACUAUAACGUUAUCAAGAGAAUAGACAGCGGAGCAUUCCGAAAUCUCUACAAACUCAGAGUGCUCAUCCUUAAUGACAAUUUAAUACCUGUGCUGCCGGCUUUUCUUUUCAGAUCUGUCUCUCUGACGCACCUUGACUUGAGAGGCAACAGACUAAAGACGUUGGCUUAUAAAGGUAUUUUGGAAUAUAUUGGUCGCAGUCUUAUGGAGAUCCAGCUGGAAGAGAACCCUUGGAACUGUGUCUGUGAAAUCAUCCAGCUCCAGGCCUGGUUGGAGCGGAUUCCAUACACUGCAGUUGUCGGAGAGAUCACAUGUGAGUAUCCCUUCCACCUCCAUGGAAAGGAUCUUAGAGAGAUCAAACGCAGUGAGCUCUGUCCCAUACUGAGUGAAGCAGAGAUUGAGUCAAUUCUAGGCAUCCCCCACUUGCCAGUCUACAUAGGGAGGGUGAGGCCUACAAAGCCUUCAUCGAUUGUCUUCCCCAAUCAAAACACUGUUUCCUCUGUGGAACAAAGGGAAAGACCUCCAAAGCCAACAAAAAGACCAAGGCCCUCAAAGACACCACCAACACCACGUAGUGUGUUCCCUAAUCAGCCACCUAUAGCUGGAUAUCAGACAAGGCCACCUAUACCAAUCAUUUGCCCCAUUGGAUGUACCUGUAAUUUGCAUAUCAGUGACCUUGGUUUGACAGUCAACUGUAAGGAAAAUGGGUUUCGGAACAUUUCUGAAUUAAUGCCUCGACCCUUGAAUGCUAAGAAGCUUUACUUAAGUGGAAAUCUCAUUCAGAGAAUUUAUAAGUCAGAUUUUUGGAAUUUUUCCAGUCUCGAUUUAUUGCACUUGGGUAACAAUCAGAUAUUCUACGUCCAAGAGAGAGCUUUUGUUAAUCUCCCUAAUUUGAGAAGUCUUUACCUGAAUGGUAAUAACAUUGAGAGCUUAACUCUUGAUAUGUUUCAUGGAUUGCAGAACCUCCGGUUCCUGUAUUUUGAAUACAAUGAAAUAAGAGAAAUUCAGCCAGCUGCCUUCAGUUUAAUGCCUUCCCUGCAGCUAGUCUUUCUUAACAACAACCUCCUGCAUACACUGCCUGUGGGAGCAUUUGCAGGUACUUCGCUCUCACGCCUGAACCUGCGCAACAACUACUUCCACUGCCUCCCAGUAAGUGGGGUUCUAGAACACCUGCAUGCGGUCGUUCAGAUUGACCUGAAUCAGAAUCCCUGGGACUGCUCCUGUGACAUCAUCCCUCUGAAAGAAUGGCUGGACACACUAAGCUUAGUGGUCAUAGUUGGAGAGGUGGUGUGUAAGACCCCAGAUCUGGUUGCAGGAAAAGAUUUACGCUCUCUGAAUUCUGAGGUGAUUUGCCCUGAGCUUCGACAGUCCUCACUGUCUCCUGCUGAAUCAGAUAGUGCGCUUAUCACAACAUAUCCCGGGGUGGGGCUGCACCCGCCAAAAGGUGCCAUACCCCUCUCCGUUCUCAUUCUCAGCUUGCUGGUUCUGUUUGUGUCUGCCUUCUUUGCUGCUGCAGCUCUUUGUGCAUAUGCUCUUAAAAAGCGUGAAAAGCUACCCUUUAGGAAGCAAGGGGAAGUGGGCCUGGCAGGCAUUCAGAUGGAAUGUGGAAUAUUCACUGAGCAGCCACCCACCUUACCUGAAACUCCUCCUUCCAGUCACGUGUAUGAUAGUAUUGGUGCUCCUUCUUCGCACAUGUGCAGUAUCCCUAUUUAUAAAACUGGCCAGGAGGAGUCAGGGCAGAAGCAUCCUUUCUCAGAGACAAAAGAGGUUGGAUCGCACUACAGAACACUUGUGGAGAAAGAAAAAGAGUGGACCAUAGCAAUCUCUAAUUCCCCCAUUAACACUAUUGUCGGUGUUGGAACACCAUGUAGUGACAUUGCCGGCUUUUGUGAAAAUGGAAUACUCUGCCCAACUGUCAUUGAUAGCCAAGGUCCCACCCCCAAGGUGGGAUUAGUGGACAGUCUUUUUGGCACAACUUCUCAGUUUAGCAACCUGUCGGACAGGCAUAUACACGCCCACUCAGAGUGCCCACAUGCAAACCAGGAUGCAAGACAAAAGCAAAUGAUCACAACCACUACAGGGACAAGGACCGGAUGUCCUAAUCAAACCCAAAGUGAUUACCCUGAGCUGAGGGCUAGACUCAAAACAAAGAUGGAUUACAUUGAUAUGCUGGAGAGGUCUUAUCAGUUCUAAGACAUGUCAGAUAAAAGACUGCACAUCCAAAAUGAAAAUGGUAAGAUGGCAAAAUAAUUAAUGCAAGUUGCUCUGGAGGAAAUCCCUCGUUCAGAUUUUUUAAAGUGCCUUCAUAAGAGCAGCCAGCAAUGUUGUAAAUGAGUAUUUUUUUAUCACAGUUUUAUUUAUCUAAAUACAUAGAUUUACAUAGUAAGGGAAAGGAUCAACUGCUGUUUUGAGAUAUUGCAAUGUUGGUAAACAUAAGCAAAGUGAUAUGUAUGAAUGCAGGGUGUGUGGUCUUGGCUUUUAACCUGUUUGCAUUAAAAAUUCUGAGAUAUUUUUAUUUAAAAAAAAAUUGUCUUUCAGCAAUAGAUACUGCAGUUAUUGUAUAACUGUCAAGUGCUUUGUUGAAUCUGUAUUUUCAAAUUGAGUAGAUUGUCUUUAUUGGGUCUUAAAUGGUUUUAUGGACCAAGGUUAGGACAAAUCACGUUAAAUGUGGGGAACUAUUGAUCAUGUCCUUACAUGAUCUGUCUCACAAAGGCAAGGACAGAUAUGUGCAUAUAUUUAUUCUUAGAGUAUAGUGUUGCAAUUAUUAUUGUAAGACAUCAUGUUAAAUCAGUGUAUAAUGAUUAUGCCUCUGGUUUAUCCUUCCUUGAA